ACAUCUGAUCAUCAGUUGGCUGAGGCCACAAGUAAGGCAGUCGGCACCAAAACGAAGCCCAAGGCCCUCCGAAAAUUGAAGCUGGGCCUUGACCUAACCACAAUGCAUAUGCAAGCCUAUCUACCGCCUGGCCGGCUCACGGCGUUACUUAACGAGAUCCGUGCAGGCGGUCACGAUAGCCAGGCAAUGGACGAAUUAGAAUAUUUAUUCACGGAGGCUUCGCUAGAGGCUAAACGCCGACAGAAGGAGGAAGAGAGGCAGCAAUCGGAGAUCCGGGCCAAGGAGGUGGCAAGAAAGUAA